CGAGCGCACACAGACAGACAGAUAGACAGAGACGCACGGAGUGCAUAGAGACAGUGUACAGAGAGAGUGAGUGAAUAAACAACAGACAAUGAGAGAGAGAGAGAGGGAGACUGUUGUGUAAAACCUGAGAGACUCAGAGAAAGGGCUUGAAAAAGUGCGUACGGACGCUUCUACAAGGAAGAGUAUUGUUUAGAAACAGAGAACAAAAUAAAUAUUCACAUUGAAACCCGUGUAAAGACAAGCAAGAAAAUCAUACCGCUUAAUCAUAUUUUAUAGUCAUGUUUGUGUUUUAUCAAUUUGGGUUUGUUUUAAACGUUGUUUAGGAUCAUAAAUUAUCUCCCCAGAAUCACUGAGACUGCCACUCUUGUACAGUUCUGCUACUGGCAAGAUGAUUCCAUCUGGAUCGCCGACACCGAUCGGUGGUGCACAGUCUAUUUCACCUGUGGUACUUCGAUCGAACUCUGCCAUUUUAGGAUCUCAGGGGGGUUUGUUGCCUCCACAGGCAGCAUUUUCUUCACUUGGACCUCCACGUGCACAGUGUAACUUGAAUUUUCUUGGACAUACAUCCAACAUUUCAUCUCUGCUCAAUCAAACAUUUGGCGGUGGGGGAUUGAACACCAGCAUCUCUGGUUUGGGGGGUUUUCAACAAGGAAGUGUUGAUAACACUGCCAGGUCUGAUCCUCUUUCUACUGCAGCAAAUGACUGUGGUUUCACUCCUCAUUCAUUAUUUGCACCACCAAACAUGACAAAUUCUGGUUCAUCCAAUCAAGUUCAAAAUUCUCAACUACCAACCUCUUCUGGGAACUCAAUGCUGCCAGAACAACAGCAAUCUCAAGUUAAAAGAUUGGAGUUGCAGAAGUUACAGCAUAGCCAGGCGUCAAUGCUGCAGUCAUCUGUUUCUCACAGCCAACUGCAGCAACAGCAGCAAUUCCAGUCUAUUCAAGGUGGUUUAGGGGGUGCGCACACUGUCAAGUUGGAGCCGCAGAUGUUGAAUGAUCAGAUUGCCCCUCAGCAACAGCUGCAGUCUCUGCAGAAUCUUGGUCCAGUGAAGCUAGAGCCUCAACAGAACCAGAUGGGAAGACGCAUACGACCUGUUAAAUUGGAAGAUCAACAUUCUGAUCAAGCAAUGCUUCUGCAGCAGCAACAGCUGCAUUUCCUUCAAAUGUCCGGGCAGUCUUCUCAAGCUGCCACUGCAAAGAUGAAGUUUUUGCAGCCGCAGCGAAUUCUGCAGCUGCAACAACAAGAGCAUCAAGAGCUAUUCAAGACUCUUCCUCAGCAACGGUGCCAUCUACAGCAACAGUUUCAACAGCAGAAUUUUCCCAUUAGAUCUGCCAUGAGACCAGUCUAUGAACCAGGAAUGUGUGCUCGCCGUUUGACACAAUACAUGUAUCAGCAGCAGCACCGACCAGAAGAUAACAAUAUUGAAUUUUGGCGGAAAUUUGUUGCUGAAUUUUUCACUCCAAAUGCCAAGAAGAAGUGGUGUGUUUCAUCUUAUGGAAAUAGCCACCAAACAAAUGGCAUUUUCCCUCAGAAUUUGCUGGAUGUAUGGCUCUGUGAAAUAUGCAAUUGCAAGCCUGCUCGUGGUUUUGAAACAACUGUUGAGGUUCUGCCCAGGCUAUUCAAAAUCAAGUAUGAUAGUGGUACUUUACAAGAGCUUCUUUAUGUUGAUAUGCCCCAUGAAUAUGAGAAUACAUCUGGUCAAAUUGUCCUUGACUAUGCAAAAGCAAUACAAGAAAGUGUUUUUGAGCAGCUUCGUGUUGUACGAGAUGGUCAUCUUCGUCUUAUCUUCUCUUCAGAUCUGAAGAUUUGCUCUUGGGAGUUUUGUGCACGGCGUCAUGAGGAGCUUAUCCCUCGAAGGAUAAUAAUACCCCAGCUUAGUCAGGUUGGAGCAGCUGCGCAAAAAUAUCAGGUAUCUGCUCAAAAGGCAUCAACCAGCUCAUCUUCACAAGAUUUACAAAGGAAUUGUAAUAUGUUUGUUGCAUCUGCUUGUCAAUUAGCAAAAACCUUGGAGGCGCCUUUAGUUAAUGAUUUAGGGUAUACAAAGAGAUAUGUUCGAUGCCUUCAGAUAGCAGAGGUGGUUAAUAUUAUGAAGGAUCUGAUUGAUUAUAGCCAAGAGAAAGGCAAGGGACCCAUGGAAAGUUUAGCGAACUUCCCUUGUGGGAUCAGCUCACUAUCUGGGCUUCGUAAUUCAGCUCAAACAGCUGGGGAGUGGCAGCAGUUGAAGCGGCAAAUUACAGGACAGAACUUAAUAAAUGAUCAUUCAUUACCUGGAACUUCCACGCAGCCUUCUGCAAGCAAUUGUGUUGCAAGUGUAAACAAUUCCCAGUCCACAACGUCCACAUUGACAACUGCUACCACUGUUGUUGGACUUCUCUGUGAGAAUUCCAUGAACUCUGGGCAUGAAAGUCAAAUGAACAAUCCAAGCAGUCCCUAUUCUGGGACCCAUGUUUGCAUUCCAUCAGCUGGGUCCUCAACCACGCCGCCUCCAGCUCAAUACAAUCCCUCUUCUCCCUUCUUAUCUCCAACUCCAUCCUCCUCCAGCAAUCCCCCUCAGACUUCUCAAAAUGCCUUAACAUCAUCAGUGAAUUCACCAGCACGAAUCGCACUACAGCAUACAGCUCAGUCAAAGGAGGCCAACCAUGAAUCCCAGAGAUAUGUUGAAAAAAUCCUACAAGAAAUAAUGAAUUCGUCACAGUAUAGCAGAGAGGGUAGCAUGGCCUCUGCUGGAUCCUUGCGGAGUUAUAUGGACAAUGUGAUUGGGCUUAGCAGUUCACUUGCCAGUACCAACUCCCUAGUGGGGAAUGGAGGUGUCAAUAACAAUGCAGGUGUUCCUGGUGAAGGGUUUGGGAACUUUGUUGGGGUUGGUCCCUCUACCGCUGCUACUGGAAUGAGAGUUGCCAUGGGGAAUAACUCUGGCACUUUGACUGGAAGGGUAGGCUUGCCAUUGAUGCCUUCGGAUAAUAGCGUGAACCUUCAGCAACAGGAGUUGGCUAACAGGUUGUUUAAUGGGCUUGGAGCAGUAAAUGGCUUCAAUGAUCUCCAAUUUAAUUGGAAAUAUCCCUAGAGAGGCUUGUUAGAUUUACUGAUAGGUAUUGCUCAUUGUGAAAGUUGAUUGCACCUACUAAUAGGACUUGUUUCUGUGGUGAUAUAAGGUCUCAUGCAAAGGUACAAGGGAUUUCUCCCAUCCAGUACUAAAUACACACACAAUCUACGCCAAGAGAAGCGGGUCUCUUGUUGCUGCAGUUGCGGUGACCUGGCCGACUUGGAGAAAGAACAAGCCUGACCUUUCUCGCUCUAUAAUUUUUGGUGCAAAAAGGUGACUCAUUUAUGCUUUUAACCACCUUCAAAUUUGAUCCAUUGUGAUCUAGGAAAGGCAUAGUUAGAAAUUUGUAUAUGAGCCCGUCCUGCUUUGUUGAUGAAGAUCAAUGAACUGAUCUUUGAUAUCUGAUUCUCAACAUCUUCUUGUGAUUACCCUUCCUAAAGUUCUGUGUCUUACUAUUUGUGUUCCCACUUGAAGUUAUUCUCAAAUUUCUUUUGCAAA